AUGGCCGCUGGACCCGAAGUUUCGUUAAAGGAAUUGACUGGAGAUUGGGUUCUGAACAAGACUCUUUCCGAUGAUCCCGAUCCCGUCCUCGCCCUUCAAGGCGUAGGCUGGUGGACACGCAAAGCCAUCUCUCUCGCAACCGUAACACUACAUGUCAAACAAUACCUAGACGAAAACCACAUCCCACACAUCGACAUCGAUCAAACUGCCACGGGCGGCAUCAAAGGCACCACUGAAUUGCGGCAACUUGAUUGGCAACCCCGGGCGCACGAAGAUCAUCUAUUCGGAAACCUUAUCGGGAAAGCGCGAUUUUGUACGAUAGAGCAGGUUGCAGAAGUGGAUGAUGAUAUAUUUUUGAAGGAGGAAUGGUUAGAAGGGGAGGAGGAAAAUAGUGGACCGGGUGGGGAGAGACAUGUUCAGACUUAUAGUGUUAAUGAGGAGAGGGGAUGGACGGCGGAUCAGGUUUGGGGAUUUGCGAUUAGUGAUGGGAAGAGAUAUUAUACGAGGAGAGUAGUGGUUAGGAAGGGGGAUGAGGUAUUGAAGAUUAGGCUGGUUUAUAACUGGCAGGGGAAGAAAUAG